GUCGGACCCGUGUUAUAGACGGACCGGAAGCGUGAGGGUACCGAAGACCGUUCUGCACCUGAUCAGUCUCUUAAAUAGUCUCCACAGCUGACAAGAUGUUGAGAAGUGCCUCUGCACAGAUCUUCAGACAGGUGGUGAGGUGCAGCAGCACAGACGCCAGCCUCAUCCUGGAGAGAUCGAUAAACCGCGUACAGCUGUUGGGCCGAGUGGGUCAGGACCCGGUGAUGAGACAAGUGGAGGGUCGCAACCCGGUCACCAUCUUCUCGAUGGCGACCAAUGAAAUGUGGCGCUCUGGAGACGGAGAGACGAGCCCAACGGCUCCAGGGGACAUCAGUCAGAAGACGACGUGGCAUCGCGUGUCAGUGUUCAAACCUGGUUUGAGAGAUGUGGCCUACCAGUACAUCAAGAAAGGGUCGAGGAUCCUUGUGGAGGGGAAACUGGACUACGGAGAAUAUGUGGACAAGAACCAAGUGAGACGCCAGGCCACCACCAUCAUCGCAGACAACAUCGUCUUCCUGAGCGACAACAUCCGAGAAAGAACCUGAAGCUCUUUCUCCUCUUCGUCUCCACACGACAACUUAUUUUUGUAUUCUCCAGUUUUACACAGAAACCCGACUGAGGACCUGACCUGAACCCCCCCCCCCCCCCCCAAAAAGGAACUGACCCACCCAAAGAGAACGGGGACCAAAUAUGCUACGACACUCUGAUCAUGUUUGGCGCCUCCUGCCGACCUUGAGGCAUCGAGAGAAGCAGAAAGUAUAAAUAGACGUUCUGAUUCUAUAGUUUUCAUUGUGCUACUUGUACAUGACCGUUAAAAGUGCAGUUUAGAAAAGACAAAUGUUUCACUGCGUUAGAAGUUUGAAGAAGCUGUAGCGACUCGUAGUCGUGUUGAGGAUCGUAGACGAACGUUAUUGUUUCUUCAUGGGGUCGGUAAAGACAACUGCUCUGAAAACUAAAAAGAAAUCGUGUUUUGUUGGGAACUAUUUUCAGAUUAAUCGUGGUCAUUUCAUGGGAUUUGUUCAUCACAAAGAAAAUACAGUUCAUCACCAGUUUUAAGUCUAAUUUAAACAGAUUUGCUCUUUCUUACACUGGCUUCUCUCUGUGUUAAAUGUCAGCUGUCUUUCCUGCUAAAUCAGAGGAAAAGCCUUUAAUAUGUUUCACUUUUUUUGUCCUGUUUCUGCAUUUUGUUUUCUUGUUCACAUCCCUGAAUCGUGCAUACUUGUAACCCAACAUUGAUGUGUGCAUUUGAUGUUUUUUGUUUUGUCACUUAUCAGUUGUUAUCCCCCUUAUCUCUUGAUCGUUUCCUUCAGCUCACUACUGCUGCUUCAUUUCUCUGUAAUAUUUGGUAUAAUAGACUUUUUUUUUUACAAACUAUAUUUGUGUUCACAUUUUUGUUCAUCUUCUUCAGUCAGGGCAUGUAUGACUCAAACCUCCCUGUGUUAAUAACUGAACAAAUUCCCCUAUAAGCACUUUAUAGACGAGGAAAAGCAGAAAAAAGUUACAAAUAACCAUUAAAAACAUUAAAAAAAACCUAUUCUUAAAGGAAUUCUAAGAAAAUGAAUGGCAAAUAUUUGCAUUAAAAACAUAUAAACGUGUACUUUAUGAAAGUA